CUCAACGGUCGCCUCGGCAACCAGGCAGCCCUGAGGGUCUCAAGCGCGGUCCACGGUUGCCCCGGCAACUGCGCCACGCGCCGCCCGUUCCAGCCCCAGGCCCCGCCCAGAGGCCGUGCGUCAGUGCGUCGUCUCUAUGGUGGCGGCGGAUUCGGAGGGACCUGAAGAUCGCCCGUCAGGCAAGACAGACUUGGGGGUGAAGGCGGAGGGGGUUGCAGGUGUGACCUCUGACCUUGGCGUGGAUUUGCAGGAUGUACCUCCGCGAGCGCCCCAUCCCACUUCGCGGCUCUGCCGCCGCCCUGUCUAACAACCUCAGUGUGCUGCAGCUUCCAGCCCGUGAUCUCACGCAUUUUGGAGUGGUUCAUGGACCGAGCGCCCAGAUUCUCAGCGCUGCCUCUGAGGGUGUGCCCUUGGCCCAGCGCCAGCUCCAAAUCAAAGUGGGCGCUGGAGUGAACCCCCCACUUAUCACUCAGGUCCACUGGUGCGUCCUCCCUUUCAGAGUACUGCUGGUUCUCACCUCACAUCGAAGGAUACAGAUGUACGAGGCUGAUGGCUCCGUCAUGGUCUAUUGGCAUGCCUUGGAUUCAGGAGACACGUCUUCAGCACAGGCCAUGUUUGCCCGAGGGAUCGCUGCCAGCGUUCACUUCAUCUGUGUGGGAACAUGGUCCGGCCGAGUACUGGUGUUUGACAUCCCUGCUAAGGGUCCCAACAUUGUACUUAACGAGGAGCUGGCGGGGCACCAGACACCAAUCACAGACAUUGCCACUGAGCAUGCCCAGGGACAGGAUGGUGUUGCUGACAUGGUGACAGCUGAUGACUCAGGUGUUCUCUGUGUCUGGAGGUCAGGAACUGUGUUCACAUUACUGACCCGAAUACCAGGAUUCGGGGUCCCGUGCCCCUCUGUGCAGCUGUGGCAGGGGAUUGUAGCCGCGGGGUAUGGCGAUGGGCAAGUGCGUCUCUAUGAUGCCACUACUGGAGCGCUCCACGUCCAGAUCAGUGCCCAUGCCCGGACCGUCUGUGCCCUGGACCUAGCUCCAGAAGUGGGCAAGCUACUCUCUGCAGCUGAGGACACCUUUGUGCACAUCUGGAAGCUGAGCAGGAACGCAGAGAGCGGCUCCAUUGAGGUUGAACACUGCCACGGGGAAUGCAUUUCUGAUACCCAGGUGUGUGGGGCUCGGUUCUGUGACCCAUCAGGCAGCUCCUUUGCGGUGACAGGUUACGAGCUUGCUGAGAUCCUGAGGUUCAGCAGUGUCUGACAGAGGAGCAACCUUCCCUCCUCCCUUGGUAUUUAUAAAGUAUCCCUCCACCAAGCCCUUGUCUGAUCACUCGCUCUCGUGGCCACACUUCUAAACAACAAGCUCCCGGGAGGAGGGAGAGGCAGGCUCAGAGCGCGCAGAAGCCACU